AUGAGUUUCCAAGAUCUUGAAGCUGGUUCUCGAUUUCCAGCGGCUAAUCGUUAUCCCGGCGGGAGGCAACAGAGACCUUCGUCUCGUGGAGAUCCGUCUCAGGAGGUUGCCGCCGGGAUUUUCCGGAUCAGCACGGCGGUGAAUUCCUUUUUCCGUCUCGUUAAUUCGAUCGGAACUCCCAAGGAUACUCUUGAUUUGCGAGAGAAGCUGCAGAGGACAAGAUUGCAAAUAUCAGAAUUGGUGAAAAAUACUUCAGCGAAACUUAAGGAAGCUAGCGAAGCCGACCAUCAUGGAGCAAGUCCAAUUAAGAAGAUUGCGGAUGCUAAACUGGCAAAAGAUUUCCAAUCAGUUCUAAAAGAGUUUCAAAAAGCUCAGAGACUUGCAGCUGAAAGAGAAAGUACAUAUACUCCUGUGGUCACAAAAAAUAUACCUACCAGCUAUAACGCACAGGAAUUGGAUGUUGAAUCUUUAAGGACCUCCCAGCAGCAAACUCAACUUUUACAAUCAAGAAGGCAAGAAGUAGUGUUUUUGGAUAACGAAAUAACAUUCAAUGAAGCAAUCAUCGAGGAAAGAGAGCAAGGAAUAAGAGAAAUUCAAGAGCAGAUUGGUGAAGUGAAUGAAAUCUUCAAAGAUCUAGCUGUUCUAGUGAAUGAUCAAGGAAUUAUGAUCGAUGACAUCAGCUCUAACAUUGAUAACUCACAUGCUGCAACUGCACAAGGCACUGCUCAACUCAGAAAAGCAUCUAAAACUCAACAAGCAAACUCAUCUUUGACAUGCCUACUUAUUCUCAUUUUCGGGAUUAUUCUACUCAUUGUCAUCAUCGUUGUAUUGGUCUGA